AUGGUACAUGAGUGUUUCACAGCCAAUGGUGCAGAUUAUAGGGGAACGCAGAACUGGACGGCUCUGCAAGGCGGGAAGCCAUGUCUGUUCUGGAACGAGACUUUCCAGCAUCCGUACAACACUCUGAAAUACCCCAACGGGGAGGGCGGCCUGGGUGAGCACAACUAUUGCAGGAACCCGGAUGGAGAUGUGAGCCCCUGGUGCUAUGUGGCAGAACAUGAGGAUGGCGUCUACUGGAAGUACUGUGAGAUUCCUGCCUGCCAGAUGCCUGGAAACCUUGGCUGCUACAAGGACCACGGAAACCCACCUCCUCUAACUGGUGCCAGCAAAACAUCCAACAAACUCACCAUCCAAACCUGCAUCAGCUUUUGUCGGAGUCAGAGGUUUAAGUUCGCUGGGAUGGAAUCAGGCUACGCGUGCUUCUGCGGGAACAAUGCUGACUACUGGAAGUACGGGGAGGCCGCCAGCACUGAGUGCAACAGCGUCUGCUUUGGGGACCACACUCAGCCGUGUGGUGGCGAUGGCAGGAUCAUCCUCUUUGACACUCUUGUUGGCGCCUGCGGUGGAAACUACUCAGCCAUGACUUCCGUGGUCUACUCCCCUGACUUUCCUGACACCUACGCCACGGGGCGGGUCUGCUACUGGACCAUUCGGGUGCCCGGAGCCUCCCACAUCCACUUCAACUUCACCUUAUUUGACAUCAGGGACUCAGCGGACAUGGUGGAGCUGCUGGAUGGCUACACCCACCGCGUCCUGGUCCGCUUCAACGGGAGGAACCGCCCACCUUUGUCCUUUAAGGUCUCUCUGGAUUUCGUCAUCUUAUAUUUCUUCUCCGAUCGCAUCAAUCAGGCCCAGGGCUUUGCUGUCUUAUACCAAGCCGUCAAGGAAGAGCCGCCACAGGAGAGGCCCACUGUCAACCAGACCCUGGCCGAGGUGAUCACAGAGCAGGCCAACCUCAGCGUCAGCGCUGCCCACUCCAAGGUCCUCUACGUCCUCACCACCAGCCCCAGCCACCCACCGCAGACCGUCCCAGGUAGCCACUCCUGGGCACCGACCGUAGGGGCCGUCGGCCGUCGCGUGGAAGUGAAGGGCCCCCACUGCUCCCUCUGCACCCCAAGUGAAGGGCCCCUGCUGCUCCCUCUGUAUCCAAGUGAAGGGCCCCCCGCUGCUCCCUCUGCACCCCAAGUGAAGGGCCCCCACUGCUCCCUCUGUAUCCAAGUGAAGAGUCCCCACUGCUCCCUCUGUACCCCAAGUGAAGGGCCCCCACUGCUCCCUCUAUCCCAUCGUGUUUCUGAGUCAGGGGACCUCAGGGACUGCCACCAACCAGCGGCUUCAGGGGAAAUCUGGAGCAUUUUUUAUAAGCCUUCCACUUCCAUCUCCAUCUUUAAGAAGAAGCUCAAGGGUCAGAGUCAACAAGAUGAUCGGAAUCCCCUUGAUCAGCCAGCAGCACCCCACAGAGCCCCUGAGCUGGUGGAGAUCCUGGUGGAGGAGAGGAGCCCGAGGAGGGUGGAGAGACUAAAAGGGAACCGGGGGAGCGAGUGCUGGCAGCAGUCUGGCCACCCAGUCUCCAUGGCCGUGGCCCCUGCAUCGGCAGAUAAAGAAACUGAGGCUGAGAGGAAGGUAUGUAUCACGGUGGUGCAGGAGAGUCAGUUUGCCAUCCCAGAGUCCUUUGCUCCCCAGUGGAACUGGUGCUCCUACGUGGUGACCCGUACUGUCUCAUGCCACGUACAAAAUGGCACCUACCUUCAGCGAGUGCUGCAGAACUGCCCCUGGCCCAUGAGCUGCCCGGGGAGUAGCUACAGAACCGUGGUGCGGCCCACAUACAAAGUGAUGUACAAGACAGUGACUGCCCGGGAAUGGCGGUGCUGCCCUGGGCAUUCAGGGGUGACCUGCGAGGAAGGUUCCUCGGGCCUUGUGGAGCCUGUGUGGCCGGGCAGCACCAUGCGGCGGAUGGCCCUUCGGCCUAUGUCCUUCUCAGGUUGCCUCAACUGUAGCAAAGUAUCCGAGCUGACAGAGCGGCUGAAGGCCCUGGAGGCCAAGGUGGCUGUGCUGUCAGUCACAGAGCAGGCGGUGUCCCCAAGCCCAGUUACCCCUGAGAACCCUGCUCCACUCUGGGGUUCCCCAGCUGCUCAGGGAAGCCCAGGAGAUGAAGGCCUCCGGGGGCUGCUAGGAGCCAGAGAGAGUUUGAGGGCCCCACUGCUCCCUCGAGAUGAUCGAGCUGGAACUCGGGGGCUGCCUGGGCCCAUUGGCCCCAAGGGAGACACUGGCAGCCAGGGCCCAGUGGGAAUGAGGGGCCCACCAGGUCCACAGGGCCCCCCUGGAAGCCCUGGCCAGGUGGGAGCUGCCGGCACCCCUGGAGAGAUGGGACCUCCGGGCCCCCCAGGGCCUCCUGGUCCCCCAGGACCCCCAGCACCUAUUGGACCACCCCACAGCCGGAUCUCCCAGCAUGGGGACCCAUUACUGUCCAACACCUUCAUAGAAACCAGCAGCCACUGGCCCCAGGGAUCAACUGGGCCCCCAGGUCCCCCGGGGCCCCCAGGACCUAUGGGCCCCCCUGGACCUCCCGGCCCCACAGGGGUCCCUGGGAGUCCUGGACAUGUGGGACCUCCAGGCCCUACUGGACCCAAAGGUGUCCCUGGGCACCCUGGAGAGAAGGGCGAGAAAGGACUGCGUGGGGAACCUGGCCCCCAAGGCUUUAUGGGGCAGCAGACUCUUCAGAGACGGUCCCUAGAGCCAGCGGACGUAACCAUUCCGAACCACCUGGCCUCGCGCGAAGAAUCGCUCCGGUUCGAUUCUGACACCGGCUCACCGCCGCCCCAGCCCCUCGGCUGCUACUGCGACCCGCGCGUCCCGUCUGGUGCUCUCUGGAGAGGGGUUGGGACGACGGUUUCGGGAGUGAAGAACGGGAAAGCGGCGCUCGUCCCCUCGUUCCUCCACCCCUGUGGCCUGGCCCGAUGGUAG